UUCCCUGACCACUUCUUCCAACACUGGAACGGGUAUAAUGUCAUACCCCCAAUACACGAUCCUAUCCCCGUUGGGGCAGUCUGCCCACAGUUUUACGGGUAUUACACACCUGACGAUCCAACUGACAGCAAAUAUUGGGGUCGACCUCGUUAUUUGAGUCCGAUAUUGCUCCUGGAGUACUGUGGCCGCGAGAUAGAUCCAAAUGAGUUGUGUCAGGACGACAAGCAAGAGUGCGCGUCGCUUGUCUUGCGCUUUCAUCAUGCAGGGUGGUUGCAUGGGUCAUUCGCAGCGCGGAACAUCCUGUGGCAGCAGGGCAAGCCCACGGAGUGGCCAAUCGAGCGGCCGCACUCUGUCAAGAGUUUCCGCCUCAUAGACUUCGGUAGAUCGAUUAGAUCCGAUGUGGCCGCUGUCGUGCUGGAGAAAGAAAGGGCUUUUCAGUUGCUCUACUUGCUGCAUCACGCA